AUGAAUAUGAACAUUGAUAACGGGAAUGGUGAAUCUAAUGGAGUAGAUAUUGUUCAUGCAAAUUUGGGAAUAUUAACUUUAGAAAGCUCGCUUCAAGAAAGGCACAAGAGUGGAGCACCGCGUCAGCAGCCUCCAGCUGCACCUCCUGUGUCUUCACCAUCCGAUGACGAUGACUGGCUCAUCCCUCCGCCCCCCAGUAAUGGUGGUGUCUCUGCAGCAGCUAUUCUGCAACCCUUUCAUCCGCCCAGGAGCGAACCAAGACCUGAGCCACAGGCCACUAACGGUUCACGAGUGACGGAACCGUGCAAUGAAGCCAUUGACCCGGAGGCGAACGAGGUAGAUUCGUUUGAGGAACACAUUGACAGGAUGUUUGCUGCUUCUGAUGCUGCAAAGCGCAAACGACGAAAGACUACUGAGUUUUGGGAUGUUGAUCUCAUUGAUUCUGAAGGUAUAAUCAAGCAAGCUAAAAUGAAUGUGAGAGAGGCUAUGGAGCGGUCUCUUAAUGGUAGCAAGAUCAUCCUGAGAUUCAAUGAGGAACUGCAGGCAGUCGGAGAUAGAGCUUGCCUGUUAAGUGGCAUUCUAGGAGCGCUGGGUUCUGAUUACAGCAAAUUUCCUAUCUGUGAAAAGAGUUGGGCAAAGGUGCAGGGCAAAGACAGGGUUUAUGACAAUUGUAUAAAGGAGAUGUUCCACUUCCAGGAUAGCAGUGGUUUAAUCAAGAAAUCAUUUUUGAAACAAAUGGAGAAGUCUUGGAAGGACACAAGGGGGAGGCUGUUUGACUCGCAUUACAAACCAACAAGGACACUUAAGCAGAAUCUUGAGCAGCGCCCGGAGGGAAUUCCUAGAGAGCAUUGGAAGUGGUUUAUUGAGUAUCGUAAUGAUCCUGCAACAAAGGGGCUGCUAAAUGUUUUUUCCGCGAAGUGCAAGCAAAACGCGCUGAAUCGAAAGAAGCAACUUUACACGCACACUAGCGGAUCUAAAAGCUUGGCAAGGGCUAGGAAAGAAGAGGAAAAAAUAUCUGAGCUUGAGCAACUGGAUGAAUCUACAAGAAUAUUGUCAGAGAAUGAUUCCUUUGCCCAAGCUCUGGGCAAAGAGCACCCGGGUAGAGUGCGUGGGAUGGGACACGGGCCGACACCAAGUCAACUCUUCCGUCCGAGUUCACAGCCGCCGGUGGAAAGAGCUCAAGUAGAAGAGACCCAAAGGAUGCUGUGUGAACUACAAGCGGAGGUGACGACCGAAAAAUUGAAGAGGAAAGCAAUUGAGGAUGAAUUAGCAGCAGAGAAGACGAAGAGGCAGGAAAUAGAGAGUGUGCUGAGUUAUCUGGUCCAACAGCAAUGUGGGGAGCUGCCUCCAGACAUCGCUGCAUGGAUGAAUUCUUUGGACAGACAUGGAGGAACAUAG